UAUGUUCUGUUCAUUGACCGAGCAUCAAGAAAUUAAAGAUGUCAAAGCUUGUGCAAAAUCCGGUGUUCCAUGAACUUAAGAAGCAAGCUUCUUUCUUCAUCAAGGAAAAGAUCAAGACUGCUCGUCUGGCCGUAACAGAUGUUACUGAAGAGGAAUUAUUGACAGAAGAAGUUACGGGGAGUACUGCUCAAUCGCUAAUAGACGCACGUUCCAUGGCGGUCAUAACAAGAGCUUCUUUUGAGGUUGACCAGUUCCAAAGGAUCGUUAGGAUUCUACGUCAAAGAAUGGUAACGUUUGAUAGAAGGGAAUGGCGCGGCAUCUACAACACGUUGUCAAUGUUGAACCACUUGUUGAUCAAUGGCCCGCUAAGUAUAUUCAAUGAGUUUCAACACGAGAGAGUAAUUAUUGAAGAUGCCAUUAUAAAUACCGAGUGGAUCGAUGAGAGAGGGUUCGACUGUGGUGUAAAAGUUCGAAACAUAGCCGACAAGGUACUAAGAUUGCUUGAAGAUGACAUGUUUCUCAAGGACGAGAGAGAAAGAACCCGUAAGCAAAGCGUUGGUCGGAUCACAGGAUUUGGGAGCUCGAGUUUCGUAAUACAUUCUGAAACGAACAGAGGAAGAGGCAGCUCGUUCUUGAGUGUCGACCACCAAUCUUGUGAAAAUGAUUGUAUCGCGGAUGAUCAUCCUUUCGUCGAGAAUGAACACAAUACUGCUCAACUCUUGCUCUCUUCUUCGAUUUGAGAUGGAUCCUCCCUUGUUUGUUGUUUGUAUACUUAAGUUUGAUCAUAUGUGUAGAGACAAGUUUUGCUUUUUUAAUAUGACUAUUUCCGAGUAAA